GUGUUUAAAUGUUUUAGAAAUAGAUAUUGCUUUAAAAUUUGGAAGCAGUUGUGAACGCACUGCUGUUAUUGGGGGAAUCCCUAAAAUGUAGUUCCUGCUGGGCAAUAGUAGUUUCUGCUAUUUAAGAUGUGAGAUGUUUGUCUUUACUAGAGUUUGUAAGAGUUUUAAAUUGAACAUAUACUGUUGUUUUAGAAGGGGCAUCCCCAGUUGCUCGGUGGUAAAGAAUCCGCCUGCCAGUGCAGGAGAUGCAAGAGAUGUGGGUUUGAUCCCUGGGUCGGAAAGAUCCUCUGGAGGAGGGCAUGGCAACCCACUCCAGUAUUAUUGCCUAGAAAAUUCUAUCGUCAGAGAAGUCUGGUGGGCUACAGUCCAGGGGGUUGCAAAGAGGUGAACACAGUUGAGCGUGCAUGCAUUCUCUUAAAAUGAGUACAGUUAUUAGAAAAUAUGAAUUAGAAUUAGAAAAUAUGAAAAACAAUUAUAAAAUAUGAAAAAUUAUAAAAAUUAGAUAGUUUUAAAAGUAUAUUUCUGCCUCUUUUAGGGUUAGUAAAUAGAACAGUUUAGGAGUUAAUAGAGUCUUGGAGUUUUAAGAUAGUAUAUUAGUCUUAUAACAAGUCUAUAUUUUAACCAUUCUCAUAGUUAAUAUAGGCUUAACUUUAGUUAAUGAAGAAGUUACUGUGGUUUCUGGCACCAUGGUAAAAUAGGGAGAUAUAUUUCACUUCAUCCAAGUUACCUGUUGAGACAAAUCAGCUAAAGCAAAGGACAGUAGUUGGUCCCCAACUGUCAGUGGGGAAAAAGCAUUUUUAUCUGUAUCGCUGAGAUUGGAGUUUCUGUGUAGACAGAGUGGUAAAGGAUGACAGCAGAACUAUCUACUGUUCCAUGAAUAUUGAAUGAUCUAGUGGUUUGGAAAUAGGAAAUUUGCCUGAAAACCUUUCUCUGAACCUCAUUCUUGAAUAGUUCCCUAUUUAUACUCUUUGUGGCUGCAAACUUAACUGGAAAUAGACCCAUCCUUACCUGUGUUCUCUGCCAUAGGCCUCUGCAUGCUCAUAAGCAGUGAAAAAUCACAACAUAAACAAGGAGAGCCAGCAGUUUAAACAACAUGGAAACUAGGAAACCAAAUUGACUAUUCCAUAUACAUUGAUCCUGCUGAAACAGUUUACACAGGAGGGAGGUAGAAGAGGAGAUAGAGGUAUCUCUGGCUGUGCUGGACUCACAGUCUUAUGCUUUGGCAGUGAAUGUCUUAAUGGUGGCAUUGCCAUUAGAGUGAUACAAAUGGUAUCCUAAGUAGAUGUCCUUUGGUGUGACAUUGCUUGCCUAAUUAUCUCCUGGCUUAUCUCUUUUUCCACGCCUUAUUUCCCAACUUUCUGUCAAGUUUGGUUACCCAGUACCCUUCUAACAGCUUUUUCUUAACUUAAUGGAAUAGAUUUCUUUCCCACUCUCCUUCCCUUUAUAAAUUGAAUUAAAAAUUUUUGUUAUGUGGUUUUAUAAGAGUUUUAUCUAAGUAAAAAUAGUAAAUGUUUGAAAUGAAUGGCAAAAUCAAUACUAGACAUUCAUAUCAAGCAAAGGCUAAAACUUUUCUAGUCCAAAACCUUUGAAUGAGAAAAAGACAAUUUUUUUAAUUAAUAAAAAAUUAGACCACUAAACAAUAGUAGGCUUGAGGGUUUGUGUGAUAAACUCAAAUAGCAAUGAAACAUACGAAGUAGUGUUUUUAGAGAAACUGGUAACAAGAGUCUUUUUCAGGAGAUUUUAAUUUACCUCUCAGAAUUUAAUAGAUCAAGUAAACAAAAAUUAAGGCUAUAAAGAUUUGGAUAGCAAUACGCUUUAUCUAACAGGUAUAUGUCAAACUUUGUUCCCAAUAAAUACACAUUUUUUCCAAUUUAUGUGAAUUAAAAACUUUUAAUGUCUUGGGCUUCAAAGAGAAUUUGAAAUUUUAAAUAAGAGAAAUUAUAUAAGUCAAUAUAUUUUGACUACAUUAUAGAAAAACUAGUUGUUAAAGCUAAACUGAUUUUAACUAUUUGGGUGAUUAAAACUGUAUCCUACUCAAACUUGAGCCUAAAUUUCAUACUAUUUAAAAAGGAGCAACAGUGAAGAAGACAUGCCACAUCAAAACUGGUGAGAUGAAUAUCUUUUUAAACAUGGUGGAUUAAAUAACCAUUUAUUUUGAAAUCAACCCUCUUGUAGAAUUAUAAUAAUUUUUUUAAAGCAUAGGGUAUCAAGGAAAAAACUGGAAAGUUGAUCACAGAAGUAAAGCUCUGGAAGCUGGAAAGCAGCAACUUUGUACCACUAAGAAAACUCAACUUUCCACUUUUGGUGGGAAAGGCCUAGAAUGGUCUAGAAUUGUGCUGUUGAACCCUGUGAUGUUUCAGGAAUUAGUGGCUGCAGGUACCUUAAAAGAAUUGUCUAGGAGUUAAUAAAUUAACAACCCUCAUGGUGCCAAUAAGAUGUUUCUUACCUUUAUCCAGGUUUCCUCUCUGAUACUGUGUUCUUGAACAGUAGGCAAGCUCAGGUUAAGAGUGUCAUACUCAGAAACAGAAUUGAGAAGAAUUUUACAUGUUGAACUAGGAAUCAUCGAGUUUCUUUCCUCCUGGUUCUGAAAAUACUAGACAUCAAGCUUUCUGCCCCCAGAGGUUUGAUUUAAUUUCGAAUGAGAUUGUUCUUGCAGCGAGAUGUUAAUAAGACAAAAUCUAGACUAAAUGUGUUAAAUGGGCUUACCAACAAUAUGGAUGAUUUGAAGAUAAACGCCGAUGUUACUGGUGCUAAAGAAGAACUCCUAGAUGACAACAGUUUUGUAUCAGACAAAGAGAGUGGAGUUCAUAAACCAAAAGAUUGUCAAGCAUCAUUUCAGAAAAACAAUACAUUCACUUUGCCUGAAGAACUGUCAAAGGACAAAUCUGAAAAAGCCUUAAGUGGAGGCCAGUCUACUCUGUUUAUACAUGCUGGUGCUCCUACUGUUUCUAGUGAAAACUUUAUCUUGCCUAAGGGAGCUGCUGUUAAUGGACCAGUUUCACACUCCUCCUUAACUAAGACUUCCAGUAUGAAUAAAGGCAGUGUUUCAUUAACCACUGGACAGCCUGUGGAUCAGCCAACAACAGAAUCUUGUUCAGGUUUGAAUGUGGCAGCCGAUCUUCAGCUCUCUACACCACAGAAAGCAAGUCAACACCAAGUUUUAUUUUUAUUAUCAGAUGUAGCACAUGCUAAGAAUCCAACCCAUUCCAUUAAAAAACUACCUACCUCUGCUUCAAUUGGUUGUGACAUUCAGAAUUCAGUAGGGAGUGGUAUAAAGUCAGAUAGCACUUUAAUAAAUCAAGUAGAGGUGGGUGAGGAUAGUGAAGAUUUAUUGGUAAAAAAUGAUUGUGUCAGUACAUUAACAGGAGUUUCCUCAGGUACAGAUGAAUUUAGGUCAGACAAUGAUACAAACUGGGAUCCCCAAAAAGAGUUCAUUCAGUUUCUUAUAACUAAUGAUGACACAGUAGAUAAAGCUCCAGUUCACUCUAAAAUAGGUCUGGAAAAAAAGAGAAAGCGAAAAAUGGAUGUAAGCAAGAUAACUCGUUAUACUGAAGAUUGUUUUAGUGAUUCUAACUGUGUACCCAACAAGUCAAAAAUGCUAGAAGUAGACUUUAUGGAACAGAAUGAAGACGUGCAAGCAAUAGACUCACGGACAUAUGCAUUAUCACAAGUGAAACCUGAAUCAGCUGAUGAAGACUUGGAAUCUGUGGAUACUUUUCAACAUCUAAUUUUUAACUCAGAGAAGUGUGGAGAAGACAGUUCACCUGUUCAUACUAGCACUUUUCUUUCAAAUACCUUAAAAAAGAAAUGUGAAGAAAGUGAUUCUGAGUCACCUGCUACUUUCAGCACCGAAGAGCCAUCAUUCUACCCCUGUACAAAGUGCAAUGUGAAUUUUAGGGAGAAAAAGCAUCUCCACAGGCAUAUGAUGUAUCAUUUAGAUGGGAAUAGUCACUUUCGUCAUCUUAAUGUCCCAAGGCCAUAUGCUUGUAGAGAAUGUGGACGGACAUUUCGAGAUCGUAACUCACUGCUAAAGCAUAUGAUUAUUCACCAAGAAAGAAGACAGAAAUUGAUGGAGGAAAUACGUGAAUUGAAAGAACUUCAGGAUGAAGGAAGAAGUGCACGAUUACAAUGCCCUCAGUGUGUAUUUGGUACCAAUUGCCCUAAAACAUUUGUGCAGCAUGCUAAAACCCAUGAAAAAGAUAAAAGGUACUACUGCUGUGAAGAGUGUAACUUUAUGGCAGUGACAGAAAAUGAGCUGGAAUGCCAUAGAGGAAUUGCCCAUGGAGCAGUGGUAAAAUGCCCUAUUGUCAGUUCUGAUGUAGCCCAGAGAAAGACACAAAGAAAAACAUUCAUGAAAGACCCCAUUAUAGGAUCAUCCAAAAAAUCAGCUACCUAUAUAUGUAAGAUGUGCCCUUUUACUACUUCAGUCAGGAGUAUUUUUAAAAAACACAUGGAGUACUUGCAUUCAUCAUCAUGCAUUGAUUCAUUUGGCAGUCCUCUUGGACUUGAUAAAAGAAAAAGUGACAUAAUUGAAGAACCUAUAGAUACUGAUAGUCCUAAACCAUUAACUAAACAACAGUCAACAUUUCCAAAGAACUCUGCUUUAAAACAAGAUGUAAAGCGAACAUUUGGAUCAUCCUCACAAUCAGGUAAUUUUUCAAAAUUCCAUAAACGGCCACACAGAAUACAAAAGGCUCGGAAAAGCAUUGCCCAGUCAGGUGUAAAUGUGUGCAAUCAAAACAGUUCUCCUCACAAGCCUGUCAUGAUUAAAAGCAGCAUUGACCAAAAACCCAAGUAUUUCCAUCAGACAGCAAAAGAAAAAUCUAAUGCCAAGGCAAAUAGCAACUAUUUAUAUAGACAUAAAUAUGAAAACUACAGAAUGAUAAAAAAAUCAGGUGAAUCAUAUCCUCUGCAUUUCAAAAAAGAGGAAGCUAGUUCAUUAAAUUCUUUACAUCUGUUUUCAUCAAGUAAUUCUCACAACAAUAGUUUUAUUUCAGACCCUCAUAACUCUGACACCAAAAGGUCAGAAAGCUUCAAAGACCACAGGCGUGUAGCUGUAAAGAGAGUAGUUAAGGAAUCUAAGAAGGAAAGUUCUGUUGGAGGAGAAGACUUGGAUAGCUAUCCAGAUUUCUUGCAUAAGAUGACCGUUGUUGUUUUGCAAAAACUUAAUUCUGCCGAAAAGAAAGAUAGCUAUGAAACAGAAGAUGAAAGUUCCUGGGACAAUGUUGAGCUAAGUGACUACACUACACAGACUAUAGAAGAUGAAACCUAUCAUGAUAUUAAUCAAGAACAUGUAAACUUAUUCCCUCUAUUUAAAAGCAAGGUGGAAGGUCAACAGUCCGGAGAAAAUGCUACACUUAGUUAUGAUCAGAAUGAUGGCUUUUAUUUUGAAUAUUAUGAAGAUGGUGGAACUAAUAACUUUUUGCAUGAGAUUCAUGAUCCUCAGCAUUUAGAAAAUGCAGAAACUGCAUUGUCAAAGCAUAGUUCUGUUUUUCACUGGACUGAUCUGUCUCUUGAGAAGAAAUCGUGUCCUUACUGCCCAGCAACAUUUGAAACAGGUGUUGGGUUGUCAAAUCAUGUCAGGGGACAUCUUCACAGAGCAGGAUUAAGCUAUGAAGCCCGCCAUGUUGUAUCACCAGAACAAAUAGCCACAAGUGACAAAAUGCAACAUUUCAAAAGAACUGGCACAGGAACACCUGUUAAGCGAGUUAGAAAAGCUUUAGAGAAGUCUGAAAACACUUCUGAACACACUUGUCAGCUGUGUGGUGGUUGGUUUGAUACUAAAAUUGGAUUAUCAAAUCAUGUUAGAGGCCACCUGAAAAGACUUGGAAAGACCAAGUGGGAUGCUCACAAAUCUCCAAUCUGUGUUCUGAAUGAGAUGAUGCAAAAUGAAGAAAAAUACGAAAAAAUCUUAAAGGCAUUGAACAGUCGUCGUAUUAUUCCUCGACCAUUUGUAGCUCAAAAACUUGCAUCAAGUGAUGACUUUCUAUCUCAAAAUGUUAUACCUCUUGAAGCAUACCGUAAUGGCCUAAAGACUGAAGCUUUAUCAGUGUCUGCAUCAGAGGAAGAAGGGCUGAGUUUCUUAAAUGAAUAUGAUGAAACUAAGCCAGAACUGCCCAGUGGAAAAAAGAAUCAGUCUCUUACACUGAUAGAACUGCUUAAAAAUAAAAGGAUGGGAGAAGAAAAGAAUUCCUCUGUUUCUCCUCAAAAGAUCCAUAAUCAAACUGCAAGAAAGAGGUUUGUUCAGAAAUGUGUUCUUCCACUAAAUGAAGAUAGUCCAUUGAUGUAUCAACCACAAAAAAUGGACUUCACUAUGCACUCAGCCUUAGAUUGUAAGCAAAAGAAAUCAAGGUCAAGAUCCGGAAGCAAGAAGAAACUUCUAACAUUACCUCAUGGUGCUGACGAGGUUUACAUUCUCCGAUGCAGGUUUUGUGGCCUAGUCUUUCGUGGACCGUUGUCUGUUCAGGAAGACUGGAUUAAGCACUUACAACGACACAUUGUAAACGCUAACCUUCCACGGACUGGAGCUGGCAUGGUGGAAGUCACAUCACUACUCAAAAAGCCUGCCUCCAUUACAGAAACUUCAUUUUCUCUACUAAUGGCAGAAGCAGCUUCAUAGAAGAAGAAAACCUUUUAAAUAGCAAAUUUGAAUUGGAUGUAAAUUUGAAAUUCUUUGUUUUUUUUUUUCAAAGCCACAUUAAAUUAUCCAUUUAUAAAUACUAAAGCAGGAAAACGGGGAAAAGUGAAUGGCAGUGACAUCAGAGCAAAUUGAGCGCUUCAAACAGUAAGUAGUCUCUGUGUUUUAUACAGGAUGGGAGAGGCGUCUCUAAGGCUUACCACGUCUAGUCAGUAACCGGUCACUCAGUGAAGACCAGUGCGUGUAAGCAGUCGUUAAUAAACUGUUGCACAUGGAUACUUAAAGACAGACUUAUUGGAAAAUUAUGUUUUCUGCAGUGUUACCAGAAUCAAGGUUCUGUUUAUUCCCCACAAGACUUGCGUUGAAAAAUAAGAUAUUAUAUUUUGUUUGUAUAUAUUUAGUGUUUUGUAUAAUACCAGGAACUGCUAACUAAAUUUACUCAACUUAGGGCAUUAAAUAUCAUGUACUUCAUAGUUUGAGACUGUUCACUCAAAUAGGGCAGAGUACUAUUCUAUCUAGACGUGUAAGUGUUUUUUUUAAAAUCACAUGGAACGGUUUUUUUUUUUUUUAUACUAAAAAGUGGAGGGAGAUUUGUUUAAACAAGUAUUUCUAAAAGAAAUAUGUACAUAGUCCUGGAAAUUAUUUGUGGUAAGGAAAUAUUCUUUACUCCAGUUGCAUUUCUCAGACAAUAAAGUGGUGCAUCCAUGCUACCUCCUACUUUGUCAACAAAGAUGCUAUUUACCCUUUACAUUUUUGUAUCAUAAUAGAUUUUAAAAAAUCUAAUAUUCUUUAUUGCAAGACAUCCUUUUGUUAACAGAUUUGUUUCUUUUUAAUGUUUUACCUAAAAUUUGACAUGCUUACAGGACAGGUUUGCCUCUUUAUUUAACAUUGUAGAAAUGUAAUUAAUAAAAUGAUGCUCACUACACGGUUUAGAAUAGGCUUUCUCAUUUAUAGUCUCUUCCAAAUUUGAUCAGUUAACAAAACUUAAUACACCUAAUUGAAAUAUUUCUAUAUAUGAUGAGAAUGUUUACAAUUUAAAUUUUAGAACUUGUUUUGGAUGUGAUUAUAUGUACGAAAAUCGUGUAACACUAUGCUCAUGCUAAGAACCGACAUAAUGGAAUUACUGAAAUAAAUGUGCUGUGAGGAAUGGAAAAUAUGGUGCAGAUGUCUUGGUCAUGAUAAAUUGUGAUUCUCCUUUUAAAUUCCUUCCAAAAACAGAUUAGUUCUUUUAAUCUGAAAUCAGAUUCCUUUACAAAUAACAGUUUUUGUAUGCAAGCACCAUUUCAUUUUAUUUCAUGUAGUAUGGCUAAUACUAUAGUUGAAACAAGGAUAUGCAUUGAUACUUUUCUUCGUAUGUAAAUAAAGUUAAAAGCAGUUAAAAUGAGUAUUUUGGUAGAGUAUAUAUACAUACCUCACUGCCAGUGAAAUUGCUUUCCUAUGAUAUAUCUCCUUACCAGAAAAAUCUCUAAAUAAAAAAAGACUUAAGAAAAUUAUAA